UUCACUUAGUCAUUGAUUAUAAUUUGAUAACAUAUGUUCUAAACAAAAAAUCCAAUUAGAUUGAAUCUAUUACUUUGUAGCAAAUCUUUGUACUAAAAGAGACAGUAGACAUCCUAAUUAUUUACUAGUUUACUAGUUUUAUAAUACGUUUGAAGAGAAGAUCGAUAUAAUUGAAGCAGACAAUAUUUCAUUGUUUAUGUCACGGGAACUUUUCCGUGACUUCCUCGAAUUUCUUUUGUGUUAUAUUAAAAGCACUAACUCAAGUAUUAAUUUCACAAUUUAAACGAGUGGGAUUCUCAGAAUUAAUUCAUUGAUUAUUAAUAUUUAUUCAAAUAUUUAUAAUUAUUUAUAAUUAUAUUAUAAAUUUAUAAUUAUUUAAACUCUCAAUAUCGAAAAAAUGCCGCAUGCAGGCUUAGUAACUAUAAUUCUUGGAGUCACUGUAGCUACAGUUUUAUAUUUUAUGUUUGGAAAUAAUAAACAAAGAAAUGAUCAAUAUUAUGAACAUGGUUAUGAAUCUUAUCCAGAACAAUCCAGUAUGUCAAGAGAUUCCGAUGAAUGUCCAAUAUGUUUACUUCCAUUGGCAUAUAAAAUUAAUUAUAUUUUACAACCUUGUAGACAUAAAUUUCAUAAAAGAUGUAUUGAAAAAUGGGGACAUGAAGCUGAGGUAAGUAAUAUAAAUGAGAUAAUAUUAUGAACAGAUUUAAUUGAUUAUAGCUUUUUUAAUUUUUUCAAAAACGUAAUCCAAAUUUAAAGUAUAAUUGAUGUUAUCUUACAGUCUCAAGCAUUGUGUCCACUCUGCAGAUCUCCAUUUGCUCAAAUUAGAUAGAUUUACAUAAGACUGUCAAAUUUAAUAUAAAAAAUUUAUUGAUUAAUACAAUAUUUUUUGUACUUUGUUGAAAUUAAGAUGUAUUUGUUAAACAUCAAAUUUUCAAAACUAUAAAUAAAUUUUUAAUAGAUAGUUGUAUAAUUGUCUUGUAUAAUUAAGACAAAAAAAAUUCUAUUGGAAAAGUAGAAUAAUUGAAAUGAAAAAAAGUUAAAAUGAAAAAAAAUAUUAUUUUCUAUAAAAACAUUAUAUGCGAGAUGAAA